GCCAAUCAAAUACACUUGGAGAGACUGCAGAAUGAAUCAACGUGAGUGGAAAGAUGCUGUCCACAGACUCCAGAGACUUCUGGAGCCGAGCCGCCACAGCAUGGGGAAUGCCUCCAGAGGUUACAGAGAGUGGGACACUUACCAUGAACACUCGAGAUAUACUGUUCCUGAACCACAUAGGAGUGAUGUGAGGUGGAAAGAGCUCAGUUCUUCAUCUCAUCAUGUUCAUAGUAAAGUCCCAGAGGUGGAGAACCCGGACGGAGAGCCGCUGCCAUACAGUGAAGAGGAUGUAGAGCUAGCAAGAAACAAGCAGCUCCUCAGAGAGAUGGAGGAGAGAAUGCACAAGAAAGCUACACUCGCCAUGAAAACGCGGUUUGUGGAGACACCACCGGGUGUUUCCGGUGACGAGCCUCCGGCUAUGUGUGUAGGUCAAACUCUAAGAGACAGAGUGAAGGAGAUUCUGAUGCAGCGACAAUACCUCAGCUAUUUCUCAAAGGUGCAGUCGGCCAGAGAGAGAAGGAGCUCCUCCUGCCUGAGCAAAGGCGAUGUGCUGCAGGAACAGCAUCCUCUGAAGCUCAGAGUGAAGGUUCUAAUGAAGAAGAGACACACUGCUGUACCACCUUACAGUGAACAGGGCCCUGACGUUGCAUGGCCUCCUUCCAGCCCAAGCGUCACAUCACCAGCUAAGAGAGAGGACGUCAUCAACAAGGGUUUCGAGUGCUUCCUCAGCGUGCUCAACAAAGGAGUCGACAUCAACUUGCUCAAACCUGAGGAUGACUGUGGCGAGGUCCCUGGUGUGUCACUGCCACCUCUCGGCCGAAGCAUUUCUUCACCAGCAAAGGAUGAAAAUAAUGUCAACAAGGGUUUUGAGCGCUUCCUCAGCAUCCUCAACAAAGGCGUGGACAUCGAAAUGUUUAACAAGAUUAUGAGCAAUGAUAGAGACGAUCUUCCUUUAGGUGAGGAGCCCCUGAACAUUCAGAUCCCUGACAUGGAGAGCAAAUCAGAUCCACCCUUUAGGACUGAGAAGCAACAGCUGAAUAGUGGAGCUUCGCUGCUGGGCCUCAGACAGCCCAGUGAAAGUAUACUCAGCAUGGACAAUGACAUUGAGCCGAGCCGAACCCAGAGAAACGAAAGCCAACGGUUGUUUAGUGGUGCCUCACUGCAAGGUCUCAGCCCACCCAGUGAAAACCAGUGCUCACACAGUAGAGCCAUUCUGUUACUCAACCAGGCCAGUGAAAGCCAACAGCUAAAUACCGGAGCCUCACUGUCAGGCUUCAUGGCACCUAACACGGCUUUCCCUGAUCCCAGCCUUCUUACAAACAGUGCCUCAUUUCCAAACAGUGCCUCAUUUCCAAACCCGGACCUGUCUGUGAGCGAAGGCCAAGAUGGGUCAGCCUCUGUUUCUCGCUGCCUGAGAGUCAUCAAUACCGAGCAGGCAUCCUCUCAGAGCCUCACAGGUGGACGCAACCGGAGACGGCGUCGCAAAAAACAUAUGAUAUAUUUCAGGAAUCCCAUAAGUAUUUUAGAGAACCACAAUAAUGCAUUGAAGACACCACUGGCACCACAGGACUCAGAGGUAUGCACAAAGACUGUGGGUAAUGACCCCUGCACUGAGGAGUUAAAAGAGGAGAAGCCGCAGCUAACAGAGGAGGAAAUAAAGGCGAACCUGAGGAAAAAGGUUGGUGUUCAGUCGGUUUGGCCAGCUCUUGAGGCCAUGCCAUGCUAA